AGUGCAGGCUGGGCACGGUCGGGACCCGCGACCCCACCCGACAAGGUGCCACUCGCAAUUUCGCAAUUAUCCUGACUGCAUAGUUUUGGUGUCGCUGAGCUAGCUGGCACUCGCGGUUCUUCAGCGCUCGCGACCAUCGCGCCCAUAAAUCGCGACACCAUCCAACACGCAGACUCGCUCAUUUAAGUCUAUAGCAACCCACACCGCAUCCGUCAAUACUUGAUACAUCAUACCUUACGUGCUGCCUGAUCGCCGGCGCUUGUUGGCGGGCUGGAAAGGUGGCGGGGCCGUUCGGUUGACGGUUCGGCGGAUGACAGCCUCGUAGACGGGCCUCUGUGGCUUCACAGCGCCGGCAAUUUCAAUAAGCUGUACUUCAUCCACCCGUUCAAAAGCCAGUAACCAUGAAGGCCAGGAAGAUAUGCCCGUUGGCGACGCGCAUCAAGAAGAUGAUGCAAACGGACGACGACGUCGGCAAGAUUUCGCAGGCGACGCCCAUCCUCAUCGGCCGUGCUAUGGAGAUGUUCCUGGAAAAGCUGUGCACACAAGCUAUCAACGUCGCCCAGAGCCGCCAGGCGAAGACAUUGAAUCCCAGCCACCUCAAGGCGGCUGUGGGUGCGGACAAGACUAUGGACUUCCUGGCUGAGCUGGUCGCGUCGGCGCCGGACCUGCCGCCGCCGGACGCGGAGGGCGAAGUCGGGCCCAAGCCCAUCAAGCGUCGCAAGACCAACGACCUCGGCGAGGCCCUGGGCUCGCCGACCGGUGGCAGAGGAGGCGGCCGGGGCGCCGCCGCGGCCGCGGCCGUGGCAGCUGUCGCAGCAGGCGAGGAUGGCGAGGAACCACCGCCAAAGAAGCGCGGGCGGCCGCCCAAGGCGCCCGCGGCUGCAGCAGCAUCCGGUGACGAGGGCUCGGAGCAGCCGCCGUCCAGCGGGCGAGGACGCGGCCGCGGGCGGGGGCGAGGGCGGGGUCGGGGCCGGGGGGUCCGGGCAGGCUCCACGGAGUCUGACCCUGGGGCCAUGGACUUGGGCUCGCCAUUCGCAAACACGCCCGGCUCGGCCGCCCUUCUGGCCCCGCCGCCGCCGCCCAUUCUCAGCUUCGCAUCACCGCCGCCCGUGCACAUGGACUUGGGCCUACCCUUCGCCAGCCCGCCUGCGCCCGCGCCUGCGCCCGCGCCGGCCACCGCGCCGGCGGCUUUCGCCCACGGCGACCCCGUUGCCACCAGCACCACCGUGGCGGCACCACCGCCGCCCCUAACGGCGCCGGAGGCCGCGCCCUUGGCCGCGCCCGAGCCCGCGCCCACGACGGGCGUUACCGGAGUCGCGCCGCUGCCACCGAGCACGUCAGUGCCGGCGCCGCCUACGGCGCCGAAGCCCGCGCCGGCUCCUGCCACCGCCGGCAGGCCAGCAGCGUCGACAAGCACUGCACCUGGCGGUGGAGGGGCUGGCGGCGGCGGCGGCGGUGGCGGCUCGAUCAUUGCGUCGCUGCGGGCGCAGCAGCCAUUCUUCGGGCUGGGGCGCAAGGGAAAGAACCUGGGGGUGGGCAGCAAGGCGCAGCCGGCAGCAGGAGCAGGUGCAGCCGGCGGCAGCGGGGCUGGCAAUCAUGCGGCAGCGCCCGCCAAUGCGCCGCCGGCUGGGUCCCCGAUUAGCGGGGAGGCGCUUGCUGCAGCGGCUGCUGCCGCACUGGCGGCGCCACACACCUUUGCACACAAGCUUGAACCCCUGGACCUGUCGGGCCCGGCGCGUCCGUUUGCGGCAGCGGAUUAUGGAAUGACGCCAGGGUCGGGGUCUGGUGGCGGCUCAGGCUUUGCAGCAGAGGCAGCGCCGGCGUCCGCGCGUGGCCAUUCGCCGCAUGGGGCGCCGCCAGCCUCAACGGGAGGCGCUGUGAGCAUCAAGCACGAGUGUGAGGAUACGACUGCAGUCAAUGGCUGGGAGGCGGACGGGCUUGGAAGUUCGGGGCCUAGCACAACCGCGCUGUCGCCCUUCCAAGUGCGGCAGCAGGCGAAGGCGGCGCCUGGGCCGUGCGGGGAGCGCAACGCCGGUGCCGGCGCAGCAGUCAAGGCUGAGGCGGACGGGCAAAGCUCUGCUGCGCAUCAUGGCAACGGGGGCGGUGCAGCCGCGCAGGACGGCAGGGAUUCGGGCGUGGCAGCGGCGCCGCCGCAGCUUUCCGUUGUGGGCUCGUGCCCAGUGCCGUCCCUGACGUCGGGGUCAGCAGCUAGCCUUGGCGGAACGGCGGCGGCGUCAGCAGCGGCCGCGGCUGCAGCGGCAACGGCGGCACCGCCGCCCCUUGUGCCGCCCCUGCCCUUCUUCCCCGUUCCCCAGCAGCAGGACAUGGAGGAGGACGACUAUGACAGCUAGGUUAGGAGCAGCGUUAUACUGGCACGAAACUGCGUGGAAUAUGCUAGGCCACCUUCCUUGCGGUGGCUCGGCGCCCCUCAUGCGGGCGGGAGGUUGGCUUGUUAAGUGGGCUAUGAACUGCACCUAGUGCUGUGUAUGCGGGUGAUGUUGCUUGCAGCUGCUUGAACGCAGAGGGGGUACAGCAGCAUAGCAGGUGCGGACGAGGGGCUGGGUAACGUGAGUGGUGCCGCAGACCGGGGAGCCGUGUGCAACUCCCCGCUGCGGUGGCACCCUCUGCAAACAGAUGUGGCGACCAUAAAUUGCUGUAUAUUUUCUUGUUCGGGUUAGGCUGGGAUUCUACUGGGCGCUGAGCGCCGGGCGUGGCGGCCGCCGAGCUGAGGCAGUGCACUGCUUGGCUAAGUGGAUUAAAGGCAAAGCAUUCAAGUACUGUAGUUGCAAAUUCAAGGCAAAGACAGUGCGAGAAGCCCCAGAGGCGCAGACGCCGUUUCCCGCCUUACUGGUCCUGCCCUUGCACUAGGCAAACGAAGCAAUCCCUCCAUGAUUUCG